AUGGAGAACGUGCUGGUCCGGAGUGCAGGUGUGGGCAGCACAGGUGUGGACAGCGCAGGUGUGGAUAGCACAGGUGUGGACAGCGCAGGUGUGGAUAGCGCAGGUGUGGGCAGAGCAGGUGUGGAUAGCACAGGUGUGGACAGCGCAGGUGUGGAUAGCGCAGGUGUGGGCAGAGCAGGUGUGGGCAGCGCAGGUGUGGGCAGAGCAGGUGUGGAUAGCACAGGUGUGGGCAGCGCAGGUGUGGAUAGUGCAGGUGUGGACAGCGCAGGUGUGGGCAGAGCAGGUGUGGGCAGCGCAGGUGUGGGCAGAGCAGGUGUGGGCAGCGCAGGUGUGGACAGCACAGGUAUGGGCACUGCAGGUGUGGACAGCACAGGUGUGGACAGCACAGGUAUGGGCACUGCAGGUGUGGAUAGCACAGGUGUGGGGAGCGCAGGUGUGGGCACUGCAAGUGUGGGCAGCGCAGGUGUGGGCAGAGCAGGUGUGGAUAGCACAGGUGUGGGCAGCGCAGGUGUGGAUAGCGCAGGUGUGGACAGUGCAGUUGUGGGCAGCGCAGGUGUGGACAGCACAGGUAUGGGCAGAGCAGGUGUGGGCAGCGCAGGUGUGGAUAGCACAGGUGUGGGCAGAGCAGGUGUGGACAGCACAGGUGUGGACAGCACAGGUGUGGACAGCGCAGGUGUGGGCAGUGCAGGUGUGGAUAGUGCAGGUGUGGGCAGAGCAGGUGUGGAUAGCACAGGUGUGGACAGUGCAGGUGUGGGCAGCGCAGGUGUGGACAGCACAGGUGUGGGCAGCGCAGGUGUGGACAGCACAGGUGUGGGCAGAGCAGGUGUGGACAGCACAGGUGUGGGCAGCUCAGGUGUGGACAGCACAGGUGUGGGCAGCGCAGGUGUGGAUAGCGCAGGUGUGGGCAGAGCAGGUGUGGAUAGCACAGGUGUGGACAGUGCAGGUGUGGGCAGCGCAGGUGUGGACAGCGCAGGUGUGGACAGCACAGGUGUGGGCAGCGCAGGUGUGGAUAGUGCAGGUGUGGGCAGAGCAGGUGUGGAUAGCACAGGUGUGGACAGUGCAGGUGUGGGCAGCGCAGGUGUGGACAGCACAGGUGUGGGCAGCGCAGGUGUGGACAGCACAGGUGUGGGCAGAGCAGGUGUGGACAGCACAGGUGUGGGCAGCGCAGGUGUGGACAGCACAGGUGUGGGCAGCGCAGAUGUGGAUAGCGCAGGUGUGGGCAGAGCAGGUGUGGAUAGCACAGGUGUGGACAGUGCAGGUGUGGGCAGCGCAGGUGUGGAUAGUGCAGGUGUGGACAGCACAGGUGUGGGCAGCGCAGGUGUGGAUAGUGCAGGUGUGGGCAGAGCAGGUGUGGAUAGCACAGGUGUGGACAGUGCAGGUGUGGGCAGCGCAGGUGUGGACAGCACAGGUGUGGGCAGCGCAGGUGUGGACAGCACAGGUGUGGGCAGCGCAGGUGUGGAUAGUGCAGGUGUGGGCAGAGCAGGUGUGGAUAGCACAGGUGUGGACAGUGCAGGUGUGGGCAGCGCAGGUGUGGACAGCACAGGUGUGGGCACUGCAGGUGUGGGCAGCACAGGUGUGGGCAGCACAGAUGUGAGCAGCGCAGGUGUGGACACUGCAGGUGUGGGCAGCGCAGAUGUGGGCAGCGCAGGUGUGGAUAGCACAGGUGUGGACAGCACAGGUAUGGGCACUGCAGGUGUGGGCAGAGCAGGUGUGGACAGCACAGGUGUGGGCAGCGCAGGUGUGGAUAGCACAGGUGUGGACAGCGCAGGUGUGGGCAGCGCAGGUGUGGAUAGCACAGGUGUGCAGUUGGACUGGAUACCAUGGAACUGA